AUGUACGCAGAAGGCCUUCAGCGAUAUGCACUUAGCUACAUUUCACAUUUGGGAACAUCCGUGGUGACCAAGCCCCUGAGUAGAAAGAAAGUCUCCCUGGCUGGCUCCCGGCACCCUGUGAUGGGGUUUAUUGGCCAGGAUGUGGUGUUACCCUGCCAGCUCUCACCCCAUGCCGGGCUGCCCAGCAUGGAUGUGCAAUGGAGGAAAAUUGACCCAGAAUUUAUCGUGGUUCAUGAGUACCUGAAGGAAGGUACCCAGGAGCUGCCGGGGCAGGGUUACCAGACCCGGACAGAGCUUUUCCUGUCGGAGUUCCACAGGGGGAACAUCUCCCUGAAGCUGAAACGGCUCCAAGUGGCGGAUGAUGGGCAGUACCGGUGCUUUGCCAGGAGCCUGGAGUGGAGCCUGGAUGCCACCACAGAGCUACGGGUCGCAGCUGUGGCUCCGGUGUUCAUUGACGUACUGGGCCCCCGAAGCAGUGGGAUCAGUCUGGCCUGUAGGUCCACAGGCUGGUUCCCCAAACCCGAACUACAGUGGGUUGGCAAGAAUCAACAGAAUCUGUCGACAGAGACUGUGACCGACGUGACUCAGGGCAAGGAGAACCUGUACAGUGUUGUGAGUCACGUCACCGUCACUGAAGAAGACAACAGAGACAUCAGCUGCAUCGUGCGGAAUAGCCUGCUGGAGAUGGAGCGACAAUCGGCCAUUCACCUCUCCAGUGACGUCUUCCCCCGGGUGUCUCCCUGGUUGGCUGCAUUCUGGGCACUGUUUGUUCUGGUUCUCAUUGCUGCUGGAGCUUGUGCAUAUCUUGGAUACACAGUGAAGCGAAAGGCCUCUCAGAAGAAACAUGCUGAAAAGGAGACUCUGUUAACUCUUGAGAAUGAGAAGAAGAUCUUGGAAACAGAGGGCCAGGAUUUUCGCGACAGUCAUGACAGGGCGCUGACAGAGCUAGGUUUCAGACGAGCUCGGAGCUACAUGGUUCCCGUCACCCUGGAUACGAGCCACAAACACCCUGAACUCAAAGUUUCUGAGGAUGGCAGAAGAGUUUGGCACAAACCACCUCCCUCAGGGCUGGCUACCUCGGGCAUCCUGAUCACUGUGGGGAGGGAGGGAUUUGUGCCCAGAAGGGAUCAUGGUGGGGAGAGUCAGGUUUGCAAGUGGUACUGGGAGGUGCAGGUGGAGGACAGCCUGUACUGGGAGCUGGGGGUGCUGAGUGCAACUGUGAGGGAUAAAGUGAGACAGGAGGGGCUGGAGAGUUUCCCUGAGGAGGGGUGCUUGGCUCUGAGGAGAUCAGAGGGGCGGUAUCACCCCAGCGAGGCUGACACUGUGAUCCAGAGCUGGGCUGUGAAGCCGACAGUGGUUGGGGUGUUUCUGGAUCUAGAAGAGGGGAAUCUCUCAUUUUACAGUGUCAAUUCAAUGGCCCUGAUUCUGGAGCUUCCUGUGGGAGUUUCUGAGAGACUGUUCCCGUUCCUCAGCCCUGAUCUCGCUGUGGGGCAGGAGCAGGGGAAACCCCUCAGCAUCUGCCCCCCCAGCGACUGGGAUUUCCCCCAGACAUUAAUAGUUAGUGGGGGUGUUUGUUCAGGGAGUUUCAGGAAAUGA